ACACAUUUGACUGCUUACUCCAGAUUGCCCAUCUCUGAUACCUCUGACUGCACAAGUGACAGGAGCAAAAGAGUUGAGCGUCUUACAACUUCUGACCGGGCGUCAGUAGUUUGAUUGCAUUUGGAGCUGUUACGCAUUUUCUUUUUGUCUUAUGUGUACUUCCUUUGCAGUUUACAAAAAUACCUUUUUUUCAAUCGUGCGCAAGUGAAGCAACUCGCCUCUUAUUUCUUCUUUUUAAAUUUUGUAUUUUUUGAGGCGGAUGGUUUUUGAACGGAGUACUCGCAUUCUGGAGGGCUGAUCCAGAUGUCAGAAUGAGGAAGAUACUGAUUAUCAUUGUCUUAAAGUUCGGGUGCCUGGCAUUUGUGAAUGGCAUCCACCCAGAAUGUCGGUUUCAUUUGGAGAUUCGUCGAGAAGAGAUUGAAUGCCUUGAAAAUCUCAAAAGGCUCGAGCCACCAGACUUUAAAGGGUGUGGAGGAACAUGGGAUAACCUGACCUGCUGGAAGCCAGCUGAGAUUGGGGACACCGUCACUCUUUCUUGUCCAAAAGUGUUCAGUUACAUUGUCAGUAAAACAGGAAAUAUCAGCAAAAACUGCACAGCAAAUGGAUGGUCAGAGAUUUUUCCAGAUAUAUUCAGUGCGUGUGGAUUUAAUGAUAAUGUGAUGCCAGAUGAAAAGUUGACAUUUUAUGUGGUGGUGCAGGCUCUUUACACGCUAGGACACAGCGCAUCUCUGAUUGCCCUCACCACAGGGAGUGCAGUCCUUUGUGUUUUCAGAAAACUUCACUGUACACGAAAUUACAUCCACCUGAACCUGUUCUUCUCUUUCAUUUUGAGAGCAGUCUCUGUUUUAGUAAAGGAUAGAAUUCUUUAUUCUGACAACAGUUCAUGUACAGAGGAGGAUCCUUCACUGAUUGGCUGUAAGACAAUCUUGGUGAUUUUCCAGUACUGCAUUAUGGCAAACUUUUUCUGGCUCUUAGUUGAAGGCCUGUACCUUCACACUCUCCUUCUGGUUAUAUUCUCUGAAAAUAGGCACUUUAUAGUGUAUCUCCUGAUUGGGUGGGGGGUACCAACAAAUUGUUUGUUGUUGCGGACUUUGACAAGGAUAUACUUGGAGGAUACUGGUUGCUGGGAUACAAAUGAUAAGAGCUUUCCACGGUGGGUUAUCAGAGGACCAAUUCUAGUUUCCAUUUUAGUAAAUUGCAUCCUAUUUAUUAGCAUAAUCAGAAUCCUGGUUCAGAAAUUAAGGUCACCAGAUGUUGGAGGCAAUGAUCAGUCUCAGUACAAGAGACUGGCGAAAUCCACACUGCUGCUUAUCCCACUGUUUGGAGUUCACUACAUUGUGUUUAUUUCAGAGCUCACUCCCAUCGAAUAUAAGAUCUUUUUUGAAUUAGCCAUUGGUUCUUUCCAGGGGCUGGUUGUUGCUAUUCUCUACUGCUUUUUGAACAGUGAGGUACAAAGUGAGGUGAAAGGGAAAUGGCGCUUGUGUUUGCACUGGUAUGUGAGCCGAGAUUACAGGCUGCACAACUCGUCCAUUGCCAGAAACAGCUCUGGCAAUGUGUCUUAUUUCCACCGCAACUCCAGGGCUCAGUCCUUCCAGCAGACAGAAACCUCAGUUAUAUAACCCAAGUGCCCUGAAGCCCCGCACUUGUAAUUGUGUAUGAAUGCAUUGUUGUGUCUGACUUUGUUUUACAUUGAGGACCGUUAUUUGCAGAAAUAUAAAUGUGAACAUAACUGUGUAUAUGUCAUCAGAUUUAAUGAUUAAAAGGUUUUAUUGCAAAAAUAAUAACAAAAGAUUUAUAUAUGUUUAAAAUUAUUGCAUGUGUUUACAACUUUAAUAAACAUACAAUCAUUUAGGAACUAACCCUAAACAACAUCUUUAUAAACCCUUGUGAACUACUUGAUUUUGAGACCUAGGUGAUAUACUCAAAGUGUAAUUUGCUCCAUUGAAGUUAGAAAAAUAAUAACAUUGUUCCUUAAGACAUAAGACAUACAGUACAGGGUUUGACUCGGAGGGAUAGAUGUACUAAGAUGGGCCAAUCGCAAUGCAAAAAUACAGCAAUUUGAAUCUUCGUUGUGACAAUUCGCAAAGUAUACAUUUUGUCGUAUGUACGAAGAGAAAAUAUGUUAAUAAAGAGAGCCGCAAUAUACUCAUUCAAAUAUUUGUUGCAUCAUCUUAGCGAGAUCUCUAGCAUUGCGAAAAGAUGUCACACGACUCGUGUGACAUCUUUUCGAAUAAAUAAUAAAAGGCAGUUUAAUCCCAUCAAAUUAUUAUUUAUUAGCAGACGCCCUUAUCCAGGGCAACUUACAAUUGUUGCAAGAUAUCACAUUAUUUUUUAUUAUUUUUUUUUUUUACAUACAAUUACCCAUUUAUACAGUUGGGUUUUUACUGGAGCAAUCUAGGUAAAGUACCUUGCUCAAGGGUACAGCAGCAGUGUCCCCCACCUGGGAUUGAACCCAUGACCCUCCCGUUAAGAGUCCAGAUCCCUAACCACUGCUGGUAGUGGAGCCCCCACCUUCACCCCCAAAUAAACGUGUUUCUAUCAAAAUGUUUGUCCGACAAGGAGGUGUCGGGUUUAAAAAAAAUACAAUAAAAUCGCACACACAAACAUCUAUAGUGCUGAAUGUAUUUUAAAUGUAUAAAUCAUUGCACUGAAAUAACACUAAUGUGUUUUGGGUAGACUACACAUUACAUUAUAAAAUAUAAAUCUGUACACUAGGCCUAUACAGUAUACAGUACAGUAGUAAAAUCAAUGAAUACCUAGUGCACUUUCUUUUUACUUUACCGGUAACACAAAAUAAAUAAUGAUGCUGCAUUGUACAAUGCGAAUUAAAUAUUAUUUUAAAUUGAGACAAUUAUUUUAGCGUUUUUUUUUUUUUUUUAAUUAUUAAUAUUUUUAACUUGGCCUACUUUGUAGACUAGGCAAUUCACACAAAACAGAUCAUGGUGCCGCAUUGACAAGUUAUGAUACUUCCAGGAGGACAGUCAAUUCUCGUCAAUACGAAUUUCAAGGGACCAGCAAGAAAUUUUGCAUUAUACCACUAAUUUGUAUUAUCAUGAGUAGCCUAUAAGCCAAAUGUAUACUGUCAGUUUUUAUUUAAGUUAAUCAGUGGUGCAGUGUUAAAUUGUGCACAAUUAUAAACCACCAGCACAUUCAUAGAAUAGGUGUGUUUCCUAUUCCUAUAGAGAUGCUCAGAAUGAGCUGGAGGGGUUAGCGGCACAUGUGUGCAGUCUAUUGCACCCAACACACUGGGGAAACCAUAAAUGUGUUUUCAAGGCUUGUAAGUACGCCCUGAUUUUAGAGAAAAUUAGGUACUUGAUUGUUCACGUCAAAAAUGCACAACUGGCAGCACAUGAGAAAAAGUGGACUGGGAAAUGCCAGCAACAAUUGCCACUGUUUAAAAUGUGCUUUCAAAAGUUCUUAGCAAAUUGGUGCAAUUGUAAGUGUCGCAAUUGCUGGCAGCUUUAGUACAUCUCAUUAUAUAAUUUGAGAACCCUAUCGCCACCCCAUUUUUACGAAUUUAUGCAGGAAUUCCCAUAAUUACAUUUUCAUCUAAGGCUGAACCACAAAGCAAAACAGCUGCUGUAAAGCAUUCCCUAAAAAGUCGCUAACAGCAUUGCGCUUGUUUCGUACAUUUACACUUCCGCUGGUUUGCAACUGGUUUGUGACAGCUGCAACAAUUUAGUACAUCUACCCCUCAAAGUCUUUACUCCUGAAUGUCAUUAGUACGAUUUGUUUUUUAAACAUACCCAACUAUAUGACCAAAUCAGAAAUGAAUAACUCAGACAUUCAAUGAAUUUUUUUUUGAAAAUCAAAGGACGAUUUGGAAUAAAUAGCUUUGAGAAUCUAGUCGAUGAUAACAUCAACACUUGAAUCUGGUAUAGUGUUUUUUCAUUUACAAAAUGUAAUAAUUGUUCCAGUUUACAAAACAGUGAUUUCAUUAUUAAGAAAAUUGGUCUGAAUUUGAAAGAGAUGCUUUGAUGAAUUGUAAUCUUUGAAGCACGAUGACAAUGCUUCCCACAUCCAAUGGUAAUACAUAGUAUAUAGUAUAUAUAUUAAAAUCUACAUUCAUUAUUUGGAUCAUGAUGUUUAUGUAAAAAUGUAAAGCAUACAUAAUAUAAUUUGUUCAUCUAUUAUUGUGUUUGUUUUAUCUUCUUAAAGUAAUGCAGCCCACUGCAGCUUUGAAAGGGAUCAGGAAAUGCACAUGAAGUUAAAUAAAUGGUAAUGUUGUACUCACAAACAUAGCAAAUUCGAUUUCAUUGAAUUCAUUUAUCUGAAUUUUGCCAAAGAGAUCUGAAGUGAAAAGCUACUUUACAAAUUGAAAGGAGAUUGAAUAUGCCCCAAGCGAAGCUCCUUUUACCCUAAUAGUGGCCCUACUUGGCCUUUGAAUGGCUUUUGAUUAAAAUGUACUUAACCUGGGCUGCUUGUGUUGCACAUUUGACAGACUAACUGCACCUCAAACUUGCGUCUAACCUGGUUAUUGUUCAUGCUGUUGUUUUUAUUCUAUUGUUUUAAUAUAGUAAGAGGAGGACCUUUGUUUUGACCUUAAAAACACAAAGCCUGCCUGAAUGUUACGUCAUGUGUAAAUGUAUUUAAUUGAGCUAAUGUCAUACAAUAUCCAGUAUUAGUUUCAGUACUUUAGACUUUACCUUUAUAUACAGUAUGUGGUUGAUAAUCAACUUUUUUUAUGAAUGUGUGUGUG